AUGGCUUACUAUCUCCAAAUUGCUGCGACUUUGAUAGCCAUUUACAUUCAACACGGCUGCAAACCUGCUAAGAGAUAUCCUAACUGGGAUCCUUUCCUUGGACUUGAUGCUUUCGUUCUCUUCGGGAUCAAGGCAAUUCAAGGCAAGAGCUCUAUUGAAUAUCGGAAGCUCCAGCUGAAGUAUGGGCCGACCUUUACGAUGAAACGCCUCACUAAGGCAUCUUUUAUCCAGACAUCGAGUUCAAAGAACAUCCAAGCCGUUAAUACGACUAAGUUCGACGAUUGGAGCGUUGGGCCUUCGCGCCAAGACAUUGCCAUACCUUUCAUGGAAAACGGUAUUUUCACCGACGAUGGAGAAUCCUGGAAACGUGCUCGUGCGCUGGUAAGACCGACCUUUACUCGAGCUGAGGUUGCAGAUCUUGAACACUUCGAAAAGCACCUCGGGCGAUUUCUGGAAUUGAUUCCUAAAGAUGGGAGUAUGUUUGACUUGCAAGACCUGUCGAGGAGGUUGUUUCUUGACACUUCUUCAGAAUUUAUCUUUGGACAAUCAAUACAGUCUCUUCUCCCGCAAACACCUGCCGAGACUUUUGAGUUCAUGAAAGCAUUCGACUACUCCUUACUUGGUCUUGGACUACGACUUGUGUCGGGACCCUUUCUACCCCUGUUCUUCUUCGAUCCAACAUGGAAGAGAGCCUAUACGAAAGUCCACAGAUUUAUGGAUAAGAACAUAAAGAUCGCUCUUGAGCGGCGGCGGAAGAUAGUGGAAACGGGAGAAGACACGGAAGCUCAAGGGGUCAGAAAACCAUACAUUCUUCUCAACCAGAUGGUCCUCGACACCCAGGACGUUUUCAGCUUGCGAGCACAAAUCAUCAACAUUUUCUUUCCCGCUCGAGAUACGGCAGCAUACGCUUUCAGCAAUGCCAUGUUUGAAUUAGCCCGUCACCCAAAAGUCUGGGACGAGCUCCGCGCCGAAGUCUCACAAAUCGGCGACUCAAAACUCACAUUCGAGCUUAUCAAGAAUUUGAAAGUUGCGAAAGCAAUUGUGAAUGAGACUCUACGGUUGCAUAUUCCAGCAACUCGCCUUUCGCGUACAGCACUGAGAGACACAAUUUUACCGGUCGGCGGUGGCCCAGACCAGCUGUCACCACUUUUUGUACCAAAAGGUACAUAUAUCGAGAUGGAUAUCAAUGCUUUACAUAGAGAUCCAAAGAUCUGGGGAGGUGAUGCCUUGGAAUUCAAUCCGUUACGCUGGGCUAAGGGGCGAACAUUAUGGGAGGCGAGAUGGGAAUAUCUCCCUUUUGGUGGAGGUAUUCGGAUGUGUCCAGCACAGCCAAUGGCCCUCGCGCAGGUAACUUACUUACUUGUUAGGAUGGCGCAGGAGUUCAAGGCAGUGGAAAACAGAGACCAUGUAUCUGAGUACGUGGAAGAGAUCAAGAUGACCGUUUCAAGCAGAAAUGGCGUCAAGAUCUCUCUCGUGCCUGCCUAAGAAGCCUUCGAUCUGGACUCACCACCAUUGAUUGCAUGCUUCUGAUGUUGGUAUCUUCAGCGCACGAGUAAGAGGUAGCGCUGCUGG